UAGAUUGGCCCUGUUUGGGUGUCGCUUGUAUUGACUGAACCGCUGGGUCGGAGAAGAGGCAGCAGAUCUUUGUCAAAUGAAAUAGAGCUGCUGACAACGAGUCGCACCUAUCCAGUCUGCUUGCGGUUCGUCUUCUUGCUGGUCACCGAUCAGCCGUGGGGCCAAGGAAGAGAUUUCUUGUUCAGCUGAUCAGAGCCAGCUAGGUGCUGUUAGCGUAGGACUUGUUCAGCAGAGGAGAAUGGCGGGAGCACGGCUGGCCACGUACAUUGGUCUGCUGGUGGUGUUAUUGGUCGGAAGAAGAUGCGCGGGGCAGUCGCCAUCAGUCUCUGCGACGCCAACCGUGUCAUUGGUUGCACCGACGACAAUGGUAGCGCCAGUUACCACCGUCAUUCAGGCCACCAGCGCAGUGCCUGAAAUGACUACCAUGACUCCUGUGAUGUCAUCAUCUGUAGUGCCAGCCACCACGCCGGCACCGGCCACUACACCCACGCCUGUGGCUACGACACAGCCGACAACAGGCCCAACAACCGGACCCACUACUGGACCCACAACUGGACCGACUACUGGACCCACAACUGGACCGACUACUGGACCGACUACUGGACCGACUACUGGACCUACUACCGGACCGACUACUGGACCUACUACCGGACCGACUACCGGGCCGACAACUGGACCUACUACUGGACCUACUACUGGACCUACUACUGGACCUACUACUGGACCGACUACUGGACCUACUACUGGACCGACUACUGGACCUACUACUGGACCGACUACUGGACCUACUACUGAACCGACUACUGGACCUACAGCUGGACCUACUACUGGACUCACUAUGGGACCUACCACGGGACCGACUACUGGACCGACUACUGGACUUACUAUGGGACCUACCGCGGGACCAACUACUGGACCUGCUACUGAACCUACUACUGGACCUACAAUUGCACCUACUACUGGACCUGCUACUGAGCCAGCAACUGGUACAACAACGAUGGCACCCUCUGCAGAGACAACAUCAGGACAAGCAACAGUUGGAGAAACAGUGGAGCCUACAACUGCAGGCCAGCCAACAAACUCUACUGUUGUGCCGGACCCGACUGGAACUGGUGGAUUGCCAGGCACAGCAGCUGCUUCAUCGGAUAGCGGCCUGUCAGAUGCGGAGAUUGCCAUUCUAGUUGCUUGCCUGGUGCUUGGUGUCUUGCUGAUCCUGGUUGUCAUCAUCAUCAUUAGACGGCGUAACCUCAACAAGACUGGUCACUACGCACCACCGGAGGGCAAUCUUCGCAGCGGUUCCUGGGCAGAGCAGGCCAAGUUUGCCAUCCGAAACCCAGUGGCCGAUAAGGAUGAGCUGAUGAUGGCGGACAAGGAGCCAGACCGUAGCGUCGAUGGCGGACAUCUCGGCAUGGCGUUCCCGAAUGAGUCGGCACUGGCUAACGAUGAUAUGCAGGAGAGAUCGACCAACGACGGAGACAGCAAGAAAGCGAAUAGCACCAGCAGCUCCCAACGAGACUUGGAGAAGCUAGAAGGGGAGGGCGGAAUCCAGAUAUAGAGUGUGGGGGGAUCCACACAGAGAGCCCUCUUCUCGGCGAGAUCGUCCUUGCCAGGCUGAAUACCAGCUGCUGGAUUCAAGGCACAAGUAGUACAUAUUUAAAGAUGGCGACCAGGAGGGACUCUAAUCUACUUGUACACAAUCAUUGUCUCCUUACAUUCUCUUUACAUCUUAUUCAUAAUAAUCACGUGACAUAUUUUGACGUAGUACUGCUUUUCACGUUGGAGCAGAGUUGGCGGACUACCUGCUCUCGUAACAAUUUGGUGAAAGCAAUUUAAUUCCAAUUGCUGUCCAUACGCCUAUACGUUCAUAUUACGUCCAAGUCACGAAAUUAUCAUACUCCCUCUGGCACAAUAGCAUUAACACAUGCGUGCACAUGUCUUCGAUUGUGUUUCUUUCUUUCCGCUUAGUCCUGUAUCUUUCCACAGCGCAUGACAUGAGUCGACAGGUCAUGGGCACAAUUGAAGCUUUAGAUGUCGGACAUGCACAUCUAACUGUUAGAACUCAGCAUCACAGGCCCGUCUAUGACUAAAGAUAUCAUUCUGUGGGGAUACAUUAGAUCUAUGUGCAGUGCACCAAUAUUCUUGAAGCAGAAACGUGUACACACGAUGUACACAGUAGAUCUACGUUUAUUGUUAGGACACUCGUACUCUACAUGUACAUGUACUUGACGUGUUUCUUUAUAAUGUCUUACUUUCCUAAAGUCAAGAAGAGGAAACUACGUGAUGUGA